CAUCGUCACUCUGUGAUUGUAACGUUGUUAUUAUACAUCCACGGGUCGUAACACUAUCUCGUUCCUUGGCCUUAAUCCAGCUACUUCACACUUGGCUAUGCCAGCGACCCUGCAGAUCCUAGUAGCAUGGACCAGGCCCACAGGGAGGUGCUACGAAAACAGCGACUGUACCUCUCAAACCAGAUACUAGUCAGCGACACGAUCGUUCAGUUUCUCUACCAGGAGAAUAUUUUGACGGCGAGUCACGUUGAAGAGAUCGAGUCCCAGAAUACCAGCAAGAGGAAAACCCUGAGUCUCCUCGAUGUCCUGCCGACUCGGGGACCCCGGGCGUUCGACCUGUUCAUGGAGUCGCUGCUCCAGGACUUCUCCUGGGUCAGAGACAGUCUGCUGCAGCAGCUAGAGGCGCAGCCUGCAGCCACCGGACCGGGCUCUGAGGAUGACGUUCCCGAGGCCGUCCUGGGAAGGGUUCCCUCGGACCGGGAGCUCUCCCGGCUGGCGUCCCGGCUGGGCGCCGAGUGGGACUCCCUCUUGCUGCACCUGGGCCUGUCGGCCGGGGCCCUGUACCGUUGCCGCGCCGACCACCCCCUCAGUGCCCACGGGCGGGCGCUGGCCGGCCUGGUGAGGUGGCGUCAGUCGGGGGGCCGGGCGGCCACGGUGGGCCGUCUGCUGGAGGGUCUGCGGGCGGCCGAGGUCCACCCGUCGGUCCUGAGAGAGGUCCUCCAGUGACCCGGAGCGCAGACCGCUUGUGGCGUUCUUCUGGAAACACGGAUCUGCUUACAACCGCCUUUUUCCCUGCUGCUCCG